ACCGACGAACAUGGGGAACUGCCAGGCGGCGGACGCGGCGGCCGUGGUGAUCCAGCACCCGGGCGACGGCAAGGUCGAGCGCCUCCACUGGCCGGCCACCGCGGCGGACGUCAUGCGCAGGAACCCCGGCCACUACGUCGCCCUCGUUGUCCUACAUCAGGUCUCUGGCGGCGGCGUUGGCGUCAACCCCGCCGUACCCGGAGAAGGAAGUGCCAGGAUAACCAAGGUGAAGCUCCUCAAGCCCCGGGACACGCUCCACCUCGGCCAGGUCUACCGCCUCAUCACCUCCCAAGGGAAUUUCAUUGAACGAUGCAACCAUUAA